AUGGCGCCGGUGGCGGCCUCCGCCCCGGCCCCGGCGCCCCCCGGCGCCGGCCCGGCGCUCCUGAGCCCGGCCGGCGUGGACCUGCGCGACUGGCUGCUCCUGUGCUACGGGCUGAUCGCCUUCCUGACGGAGGCCAUCGACAGCACCACGUGCCCGUCCGUCUGCCGCUGCGACCGCGGCUUCGUCUACUGCAACGACCGGGGGCUGACGGCCGUCCCGGCCGACAUCCCCGACGACGCCACCACCCUCUACCUGCAGAACAACCGCAUCGGCAACGCGGGCAUCCCCCAGGGCCUGAAGAGCAAGGCGAGCGUGCGGGUCAUCUACCUGUACGAGAACGACCUGGACGAGUUCCCCGUCAACCUGCCCCGCUCGCUGCGGGAGCUGCACCUGCAGGACAACAACGUCCGUGCCAUCGCCCGCGACUCCCUGGCCCGCGUCCCGCUCCUGGAGAAGCUGCACCUGGACGACAACUCCGUGUCCACGGUCAGCAUCGAGGACGACGCCUUCGCCGACAGCCGGCGGCUCAAGCUGCUCUUCCUGUCGCGCAACCACCUGAGCAGCAUCCCGUCGGGCCUGCCCCGGACGCUGGAGGAGCUGCGCCUGGACGACAACCGCAUCUCCACCAUCCCCCUGCACGCCUUCCAGGGGCUGGACAGCCUGCGGCGGCUGGUGCUGGACGGCAACCUGCUGGCCAACCAGCGCAUCGCCGACGACACCUUCAGCCGGCUGCGCAACCUGAGCGAGCUGUCCCUCGUGCGCAACUCCCUGGUGGCGCCCCCGCUGCGCCUGCCCAGCGCCCGCCUGCAGAAGCUCUACCUGCAGGACAACGCCAUCAGCCACAUCCCCCCCGACAGCCUGGCCCGCAUGCGCGAGCUGGAGCGCCUCGACCUGUCCAACAACAACCUGACCACCCUGCCCCGCGGCCUCUUCGACGACCUGGAGAGCCUGGGCCAGCUGCUGCUCCGGAACAACCCCUGGUUCUGCGGCUGCGGCCUCAUGUGGCUCCGCGACUGGGUCCAGGCGCGGGCGUCCGUGGUCAACGUGCGCGGCCUCAUGUGCCAGGGCCCCGAGAAGGUCCGCGGCAUGGCCAUCAAGGACAUCACCGGCGAGAUGGACGAGUGCUUCGAGGCCGGGGCCGCCGGCCACCCGGCCCCGGCCCCGGCCCCGGGCCCCGCCGAGGCCACGGCCGGCGCCGCCCCCGCCUCCUCCUCCGCGACGCCCCAGGGCUCCCUCUUCACCCUCAAGUCCAAGAGGCCCGGCGUCCGGCUGCCCGACUCCGGCGCCGACCGCCCCGGGCCCGCCGGCGACGGGGCCAAGGCCCUGGUGAUCCACGUCAAGCCGCUCACGGCCGACAGCAUCCGCAUCACCUGGAAGGCCGCCCUGCCGGCCGCCUCCUUCCGCCUCAGCUGGCUGCGGCUGGGCCACAGCCCCGCCGUGGGCUCCAUCACCGAGACCCUGGUGCAGGGGGACAGGACCGAGUACCUGCUCACCGCCCUGGAGCCCAAGUCCACCUACGUCAUCUGCAUGGUCACCAUGGAGGCGGGCAGCGCCUACCUGGCCGACCAGACCCCGGUCUGCGCCAAGGCCGAGACGGCCGACGGCUCCGGCCCCGCCCAGGCCACCCUCGACCGGGAGCGGGGCGGGGACGCCGCCCCCGGGGCCGGCCUGCCCUGGGCGGGCAUCGUCGGCGGGGCCGUGGCCGUGGUCUUCCUCUUCCUGGUCCUGGGCACCGCCUGCUGGUACGCGCACCGGGCCGGGGAGCUGCUGACCCGCGACGGGGCCUACAGCCGGGGCAGCCGCAAGAAGGACGACUACGUAGAGUCGGGCACCAAGAAGGACAACUCCAUCCUGGAGAUCCGGGGCCCCGGCCUGCAGAUGCUGCCCAUCGACCCGCGCCGGGCCAAGGAGGAGUACGUGAUCCACACCAUCUUCCCCUCCAACGGCACCAGCCUCUACAAGAGCGCGCACACCGUCGGCUACGGCACCAACCGCGGCUACAGAGACGGUGGUAUCCCCGACGUAGAUUACUCCUACUCCUGAGGGGCCGGGGGAGAGGCGCGCCCCUCCCGCGCCCUGCUCUUCUCUCCCCGGCCCCGGGCCCGUGGCUUCUCCCUCCGUGGGCGAGAACUGGCUUCCGUCCACCCGCGGCCGGCCGAGAGAGGAAUGGAGGACUUUAAAAAAGAAAACCCGGAAAAAUUCCAAACCUCUAACCGACCCCACCCGUGGUGAUCUUCAAGCGGAAAACCCGCUUGGCCGGGGAUGCGGGGAGGGAGGGAAACCUUUUCUAGAAAAAGAAAAACAGAAAACCUUAAAAAAAAAAAGAGAGACAGAGAGCGAGAGAUAGGCAAGGAGGGAGAGAAAUGACAUUCUUGAAGACAUAAUUUAUAUUUAAUAGGCCGAGUCGUGGGGAAGAUCAUUAAAAAAAAACAAACGAAA